AUGCCCAGAAGAAAGGCUGAAAGGGGUGCUAAAGGAGACAAAGCCAAGGUGAAGGACGAGCAACAGAGAUCUGCAAGGUUGUCUGCUAAACCUGCUCCUCCAAAGCCAGAGCCUAAGCUUAAAAUGGCCCCUGCAAAGAAGGGAGAGAAGGUACCCAAGGGGAAGAAGGGGAAAGCCGAUGCCAGUAAAGAUGCAAAUAAUCCUGCAGAAAAUGAAGAUGCCAAAACAGACCAGGCAGAGAAAGCUGAAGGUGCUGGAGACGCCAAAUGA